CGCAGCCAUGCCGGGCCCGGGGCGCUGAGCCGGCCCCGCCGCCGCCCCGCACAAUGGAGGAGGAGAGCAUUAAGCAGAGUUCCCGUUCCUCUGAGGCAGCUGAAGAUGAAAAGGACCAGAGGACAGUGACAGUCAAUCCCUCUCACAUGAGAAAGGCUUUCAAGGUCAUGAAUGAAUUACGGAGCAAGCGGCUCCUGUGCGAUGUGGUGAUUGUGGCCGAGACCGUGGAGAUGGAGGCUCACCGGGUGGUGCUGGCAGCCUGCAGCCCUUAUUUCUGUGCCAUGUUUACAGGAGACAUGUCUGAAAGUAAGGCCAAGAAGAUUGAGAUCAAAGACGUGGAUGGGCAGACCCUGAGGAAGCUGAUUGAUUACAUCUACACGGCGGAGAUCGAGGUCACGGAGGAGAACGUGCAGGUUUUGCUGCCAGCUGCCAGUUUACUGCAGCUGAUGGAUGUCAGAAAGAACUGCUGUGACUUCCUGCAGUCCCAGCUGCACCCCACCAACUGCCUUGGCAUCCGCGCCUUUGCCGACGUGCACGCCUGCAGCGAGCUGCUGCAGCAGGCCAACGCCUACGCAGAGCAGCACUUCCCUGAGGUGAUGCUAGGAGAAGAAUUUCUUAGCCUUAGUCUGGACCAGGUUUGCAGUUUAAUAUCAAGUGACAAGCUCACAGUCUCCUCUGAAGAAAAGGUCUUUGAAGCAGUUAUCUCUUGGAUCAAUUAUGAGAAGGAAUCUCGCUUGGAGCACAUGGCUAAGCUGAUGGAGCACGUUCGCCUGCCCCUUUUGCCCAGGGAUUACCUGGUACAGACAGUCGAAGAAGAAGCUUUAAUCAAGAAUAACAACACCUGUAAAGACUUCCUUAUUGAAGCCAUGAAAUAUCAUUUGCUUCCUCUGGAUCAAAGGCAACUAAUAAAGAAUCCCAGGACAAAGCCAAGGACCCCCGUUAGCUUGCCAAAGGUGAUGAUUGUGGUGGGUGGGCAAGCACCCAAAGCCAUUCGCAGUGUGGAGUGCUAUGACUUUGAGGAGGAGCGGUGGGAUCAGGUUGCUGAGCUUCCCUCACGGAGAUGCAGAGCAGGCGUGGUGUUCAUGGCUGGCAGUGUCUACGCCGUGGGGGGCUUCAAUGGCUCGCUGCGGGUGCGCACGGUGGACGUGUACGACGGCGCCAAGGACCAGUGGACGUCCAUCGCCAGCAUGCAGGAGCGGCGCAGCACGCUGGGGGCUGCCGUGCUCAACGACCUCCUCUACGCCGUGGGAGGCUUUGAUGGCAGCACUGGUCUGGCAUCAGUUGAGGCCUAUAGCUAUAAAACCAAUGAGUGGUUUUUUGUGGCUCCCAUGAACACAAGAAGAAGCAGUGUUGGAGUUGGAGUUGUGGAGGGGAAGCUGUACGCGGUGGGCGGCUACGACGGCGCGUCGCGGCAGUGCCUGAGCACGGUGGAGCAGUACAACCCCGCCACCAACGAGUGGACCUACGUGGCUGACAUGAGCACGCGGCGCAGCGGGGCAGGUGUUGGUGUGCUCAGUGGGCUGCUCUAUGCCACUGGGGGCCACGACGGGCCCUUGGUGAGGAAGAGUGUGGAAGUCUAUGACCCAGGGACAAACACCUGGAAGCAAGUAGCAGACAUGAAUAUGUGCAGAAGAAAUGCAGGGGUGUGUGCUGUGAAUGGUCUCCUCUACGUGGUGGGAGGCGAUGAUGGUUCCUGUAACCUGGCCUCGGUGGAGUACUACAACCCCAGCACAGACAAGUGGACGUUGUUGCCAACCAGCAUGAGCACAGGGAGGAGUUAUGCAGGUGUGGCUGUGAUUCACAAACCCUUGUGACACAUGCUCAAGCCAAUGUGAGGAGCAGAAGUGAAGUGGAUCCAGCUAGGUGGUGUUGGGAAGAUGACUGACCUCUGACUUGACCCAUCUCAUUGCUGUUCAUGUCUUAGCAUGACAAGUGAUACGUUGCAAGCAUCAUCCACUCUGCAGUGGAUUGCAUAGCCAAGUGAAAAUCCCUCUGGGGACGUGUUCCAUGCUAGACACGAGGUGUUGCUUGUUAUCUGUGGUGCAAUCAGCUGUUCUUCUCGAUGGCAUGUGUCCUGAGAUAAACACUGUGCUUGGACUGCAGGCACGGGAUUUUUUGUGUGAAACAAAACUGCUACGUUUGGGCAUGUGAGUGAAAAUGAAUGUUUCUGGAUUUCUUCCCUACUGAUGCUCCGUGCACAUUGUUGAUUGAACUACUUACUCACUGUGCCUGGAGGGUGGACUUUAAUACUGGCAGGGGAAACUUCUGAGUUCCAGCAGAGAAAAAAACAGCAGAAAUGGACUGGAACAGGGUGGUCUGGCUCGAGUGUGACGCUGUCUCAGCCGUACGUUUGUACAUGCCACUGGACUGCUGUAUGUAUCCCUGAAAUGCUUGUGGAAAUAAACACCAUGUGGUUUUUCUA